UUCCCAUCAUUAUGUGACGUUGGAUAAGGUACUUGAUUUCUGAGUCUUAGUUUUCAUCUAUAAAAUAAGGAUAAUCUGAAUAGGCAGGGUUUCUGUGACAGUUCUACAGACGAUCCAUAAAUCAUCUAGCACAGUGCCUGUGUGUCCUGGAAACAAAAUGCACAUGCCCUAUCCUGAAAACACUUUUGCAUGAAUUCAAUUUAAUUCAUUAAACAUUAUUUAGAUAAGUGAAUAAUUUGCAAGGCAGGAUAUUAGGCAGAAAUAUCAUACACCCAAAUGCUGAACAAAAUGCCUCAGAUCUCUUUCAGCCGGAGCUAAGUGGAAGCAACUAUCUUACAAAAUGAACACAGGUUAGUUUUCAAAAGGAAGGAAAAGGAUCUCUCUGGUGGGCACAGCCUAGAAACGUCAGAUGUGGUCAGGGCGCCUCGAAAGGGCGAUUCCAACUGCCCAGAUACAUGAUAGUGUACAUUUUGCAAUUAAAAAAAUCAGCACACAUGGCUUAAGAAGUAGGUUGCGUUUUUUCAAUUGAUGUAUAACAUACACACAAUAAAGUGCUCUAAUCUUAAGUGUUCACUAGUUGAUUUUUUUUUUUACAGAUGGAUACACCUCUGUAACUCCACCGUGAUCAAGAUAUGAAACGUUCCCCCUGAACCCGAGUGGUUUAUAACCAGAGAAGAACAUCUAAAAUCAGAACCGAAAACCGGAAAGCAAGUAAAGAACUUUGAAAGCUGGGCAACUGGCAGCUGGAUUUCGGGAAGGGUUAUUAGGCAAAAAUAAGACAAACCGGACUUGUCCUCAUUUUAAUGGUGGAUGUAGAGUACUAAUACACGUUCACAUUCAUUACACCCGUCAAUCCUCACAGUGACUCUGCGGUAUAGUAGAGACUUAACACCAUUUUGCAUGUGAGGAAACAGAAACCUGCUCAGGGUUUCCGAGGAAAACACCUCCACCUGAAGCCGGAGAGAGAAAGAACUGGGUCUCCAGACCUUGCUCAGCAAAUCCAGCCACGUGGCGGAGGGAGAGAGGAGGGCCUGGCGUCAGGUUACCAGGCAGCGCCCCUCUGUUCGGCCCACUGCCAAGCGCUCCCAGCAGCAGGCAUAAAAGCUCAGGCCGGCUGUCCUUGAGCACUUGUGCUGAACCCCACCGCGCGCGCUUUGAAUUUCUCAGCGGCUAAGCACGUCUCCUCUCUUCGUCGGUGUACCAGGCAGAAAGGCGCAGAGACCCAUCUGAGCAGGACUCCAGGCAGACAGGCUCCAGCAGAGGGUGGCCAGAUGUGGUGCCUGGAGCGACUCCGCUUGGGCCCUGAGCGCCUUCGGCGGGGCGGGGACUGGCUUCUCCCGGGUCGGGCCCGCGGAGCCAGGUCUCUCACCACCGCCGGGUGCGCAAACGUGCUCACCCCGGACCGCAUCCCCGAGUUCUGCAUCCCGCCGCGGCUCGAGCCCCGCCUGGCCUUGGCAGCUCUCCGGAAUUCUUGGAGUGAAGAAGCAGGGAGAGACGAAGGCGCGGGCCACACGGACUGGGACCCGCGCUCGCAGGCCGCGCUGUCGCUCCCGCAUCUGCCGCGUGUGCGCACCGCCUACGGCUUCUGCGCGCUGCUGGAGAGCCCGCACACGCGCCGCAAGGAGUCGCUCCUGCUCGGGGGCCCGCCGGCGCCCUGGCCCCGGGCUCACACCUACGGCGGCGGCGGCAGCCCGGACGCCCCCCUGGGGACAAUGCGCGGCCCGCGAGCUCCGCUCCCGGCCACCCCGGCGGCCCCCGGUGGUCCCCGCCCGCCCCAGGACGCUCUCGCCCCACAGCCCCGCGGCUGCCGCCUCCUGCGCGCCCCCAACAGGCUGCUGAGCCGCGCGCUGCGGGCGGGAAGGAGUCGCCGCCGGGCCCGCGCCCGCUCCGUCUCCAGCGGGAAUGAGGACGAGGAGCGCCGCGCAGGCUCCCAGUCCCCGGCCCGGGCCCCUUCCGCCAGCCCCCCGUCGGCCCGCGCCCCGCUUCCCGAGCGCCUGGAGGCCGAGGGCACCGUGGCUCUGGGCCGCGCCGGCGACGCGCUGCGCCUGGCCGCCGAGUACUGUCCGGGAACCGGGCGCCUCCGCCUCCGGCUGCUCCGCGCUGAGGGCCUGGCCGGAGGCGCCCCCGUGCCCCGUGCGGUCCGCUGCCGCCUCAGCCUCGUGCUACGGCCGCCGGGCACCGCGCACCGGCAGUGCAGCGCCGUCGUGGGGCGCAGCCGCAAGGCCGCCUUGGACCAGGACUUCUGCUUCGACGGCCUCUCGGAGGACGAGGUGCGCCGCCUGACGGUUCGUGUGAAGGCUCGGGACGAGGGCCGCGGCCGGGAGCGGGGCCGCCUGCUGGGCCAGGGCGAGCUGCCUCUGGGCGCCCUCCUGCUGCUCUGAGGGCCCGGCCUUCCCCCGGGCGCUCCCGACACUGACAGCUGCCUUGAAUAAAAUAAACGUGUAUUUGUUGUUCUCA